GGGGCGUGCACACUGCUCGGGGCCACGCGUUCCCGGCCGCGGCAACUCGCUCCAAGUUCCUCCCUCGGUCUCCGGGGAAGCGGGCUGAGCCCUCCCACUCGGUGCCGAGCGAAGCUCCGCGGCGGCCGCCAGCCAGCCGGGCCCCGUCACGGCCGCGCGUCCUGGGCCCGCGCGCCGCAGCCGCUGCCCCCGCGAUCGGCGAUCCCCGGGAGGCACCCGUGCCCGGUGGGUGGGCCCCGACCCUCCCUCCCUCCCUCCUCGCCUCGCCCCGGAGCAGCAUCGGUCCCCGGCUCCCGGGCUGGGAGCGCGGCCGCGCUUUCCCAGAACUUAACCAUCUUAUAACAGGAAGUGUGUACACUUGAAGUAGCACCUGGAAACCACCAUUCUGCUCUUUCUGAAUUCCUAGUUGGACAUCCAGAGUACAGAUCCUGACCUUUUAAGUAUUUGAAUUGGAAGUAAACAAGAUUCCAGAAGGCCUUAAAGGGAAAUAUAAGAUACUUCAUGAUACAGAAUGUACUCUCUGAAAAAGAAUUCCCUGUGACUUCAGUCUACUGUCCAUAAAAUACUCUUUCCUCUUUCACUCUGCCUCCGGUGCCACACAAAGACCUGGCGGAGACUCCCACCUCCUUCGGGGAGGAGAAGAAAGGCGGAGGCGGCGGCGUCGGAGCAAGAAGAUUCAAAGGAGAACUUGUGGCUCGUGGCUUCACCCCCCGCCCCCCCUACUCCCCGCCCCCCUGGGAGGAAAGUGAAUGAGAGCCACGAGCGGGGCGGUGCAGGGGCCGUGAGAUGAGACGCUGCUGCGGCGGCCGCGGCUGCUGACGCUCGGCUCCCAGGCUCCCGUCCGCUGCCCCCCUUUUUGUGCUCCGUGUACAUGUGUCUGUUCAGCGCAUCGGGAGGCGCGCACCAGAGAAUCCAACACGGCUGCCGGGGAGCGACCACCCACCAUGCCCACGGAGACCCUACAGACAGGUAGCAUGGUGAAGCCGGUCAGCCCCGCGGGCACCUUCACGUCGGCCGUGCCCCUGCGCAUCCUCAACAAAGGGCCCGACUACUUUCGCCGGCAGGCCGAGCCCAACCCCAAGAGACUGAGCGCCGUGGAGCGGCUGGAGGCGGACAAGGCCAAGUAUGUCAAGAGCCAGGAGGUCAUCAACGCCAAGCAGGAGCCCGUGAAGCCGGCCGUGCUGGCCAAGCCCCCCGUGUGCCCCGCGGCCGCCAAGCGCGCCCUGGGCAGCCCCACGCUCAAGGUGUUCGGCAACCACGCCAAGACCGAGAGCGGCGUGCAGAGGGAGACCCUGAAGCUGGAGAUCCUCAAGAACAUCAUCAACAGCUCCGAGGGCUCCAGCUCGGGCUUGGGCCACAAGCACAGCGCGCGCAACUGGCCGCCGCACCGGCCCGACGCCACCGACCUGCACCGGCACUCCUUCGCCGAGUCCCUGAAGGUGUACCCCACCCAGGGCCGCGGCAGCCCCCAGGAGAGCAGCUCCCACGUGGGCAGGAGGCUGCUGGAGCAGUCCGCCGCCGACUCCUUCCUGCACGUGUCGCACAGCUCCUCGGACAUCCGCAAAGUGACCAGCGUGAAGCCCUUGAAGGCGAUCCCCUGCAGUAGCUCGGCGCCUCCCCUGCCCCCCAAGCCCAAGGUGGCCGCCCUGGCCACCAUCAAGUCCCCCGAGGCCGACCCCGUGGAACCCGCCUGUGGAGUCAGUCGAAGGCCCUCCCUCCAGCGGUCCAAGUCGGACUUGAGUGACCGCUAUUUCCGCGUGGACGCAGACGUGGAGCGGUUCUUCAACUACUGCGGACUGGACCCCGAGGAACUGGAGAACCUGGGCAUGGAGAACUUCGCAAGGGCUAAUUCUGACAUCAUCUCCCUCAACUUCCGCAGCGCAAGCAUGAUCAGCUCAGACUGUGAACAGUCUCAGGACAGUAACAGCGACCUUAGAAAUGAUGACAGUGCCAAUGACCGGGUGCCCUACGGCAUCUCUGCCAUCGAAAGGAAUGCUAGGAUCAUCAAGUGGUUGUAUAGUAUCAAACAAGCUAGAGAGUCGCAGAAGGUCUCCCACGUGUAAGAGACGCUGCGUGCAGAGGAGGGAGGGGGGGUUCUCUGUGCAUCCGCAGUCGUGAAGGUUGUGAGGUCUCCUUGAAGUGUUGUGAGCUUCUCCACGCUCUUUGUGUUGCUUGUUGUGCAAUGUUUUCAAGUUGCAUGCCUGUCAACAUGGGGACUGACCUAGCUUCCACUCAACCAUCUCUGCAGAGCCUGGCUGAACACUCAUCUGCCAACCGUUUUCGGGCCAGAAUCUAAUUAGGGCUUUGAUCUUAAGCAAAACUGUUUACACACACACACGGUAUACAACUUCUUCAAUAUUUAUGUGGUUCUUGUGUUUUUAUAUCCCACGCUAUUGUGUCUUAAUUAAAAAGUUUUAUCAACUGGCUUUUAAGUUGAGAGCAGAAUCUUUUGAAAUAACAAGCCAAUUUGCCUAUAUGUGAGACCAAAACGAUUGGGGGGAAUAUAUGGGCUCUGCUUACCUAACAACAUGUUGAUGAUGGGACUGUCCUGACACAGAAGGGGGGGUGGUGAGGAUUUCUAAGGAAGAAAGUGGUGAACUUGCUGUUCAUCAUUUGCAUAAUGAAAUUCUUUGCCACUUGCUAAAAUAAUGGUUGGGUCAGCAAUGCUUAUGCUUUUUGUGGGCGUGUACAUGUUGGUGUUUUGUGUAAUACUGAUCCUGAGGAAAGACAAUCAGAUACAGUGAAGUGAUUCAAUCUAGGAGGUUGGGUGCUUGGGGGUUCUGUUGCUGUUCUGAUUUAGAUUGAUUCAGAAAUUUCUACUAGCAAUCUUUGGAAAGGAAUGCCCACCUCAAAAUUUAUACUGAAUGUCUCUUUUUUAGAAGUUGUUUGGGUUGGGUUGUUUUGGUUUUUUUUUGGGGGGGAGGUGAGGGGAUAGCGGGUCAAGGUCCAGAAUUUCAUGUUGAUUCUGAUCCACCCCUCCCUUCCCUUUGUUGUGUUUUAUUUGAAAGAGGGGUGUGGGGCUUGUGCAGGUUUGAGCUCUCUGAAGACAUAAACACAAAUGGAAAUACCAGCCAUAUCAGUGUAGCGCCUCCAUUCAAAGUGAAUGCCUUUGGUAGCCCAACCCUGAGCAGUGCAAUUGUGUUGUCUUGCCUAUGUUAUUAUUCUCUCAGGCUGUGGACCUUUGUUACAGCUCUAGGAAACUGUAGAAACAUGACCCGAUGUAGCUUUUCUACCUAUGGUCUAGUGCUGCAUAUCACUCUGUGUGUACCCCCUCCCCCCAUAAACUGUCUUACAGGUGGUUUGUUAGCUGUGCAACAGCUGACGCUUGUGGUGUGGUAGCAGAGAGGUGAACGUGCCGUGGUCCAUUGCCAUUGCUCCUGUAGUCAUGUUCUCAAGUCCUCAGCAGCACUACCUUAGACUUCAUCAGCUAAUAGGAAACUUUUUAUGGUGUAAAUGCUGUAAGACUUUGUACAUACUUCAGUUGUUAUGAAAUCUUUAAGGAAAAAAAAAAAGAAAAGAAAAAAGUUACACUAAUAAAUAGCUCUGGUGCAGGCACUAAUGGU